GCCCUCUGCAGAUAGCCCCGCCCUCGGCCACGCCUCCUCCUUCGUCCUGGACGGACCCCCAGCCCGGCGAGAAGAUGGCGGCGCCCAGCGGCCAGGUGGCGGCCGGGGAUUUCGGGUUAUGGCUGGAGCAGCGGCUGGAGGAGCUGGGCAUGGACCCCGCCGUGUACCCGGCCUACAUCCAGGGGGUCCUGCGGGAGGAGGACGACAACCACGAGGAGAGGGACGAGGCUCUCAGGGGGAUCCUGGCCGCCUUCCUGGUGAGAUUACUGCGGGGCAGCGGGGGGGAGAGGGAGAGCUGGGCUGGGCUGGGGGGGUAGUCUGAUAGAAUAAUAAUAAUAAUAUUACUGAUAAUAAAUAUAAUAAUAAUACAGUCUGAUAUAAUAAUAAUAAAUAUAAUACAGAUAGUCUGAUAUAAUAAUUAAUAAUAAUAUAAUAUUACAGAUAUAAUAAUAAAUGUAAUAACACAGUCUGAUAUAAUAAUUAAUAAUAAUAAAUAUAAUAUUACAGAUAGACUGUUUUUGUGCAGCUUGACAACGAGAGUUCCAAUAACUCAGCACUCAGCCAACAUAUUAAUGCUUAAGUUACACUUCCAAACAAUAAAUUCUGUUUAUUUGGAUGGCAUUUAUUGGACGUUUCUUGACUGACAAACUUUUUUAAUAAACUGAGUGCAGGCAAAAUGGCAUUUAGAGUCAGUUGGGUAGAUUUGUUUUAUAUUUAUAUAAAUGUUUCACAAAAAACAUGGCUGCCCUCCAUGGAAUUUUCCAUAUAGUGAAAGCCACAAACAAGUUGAAUAAAGCCCAACUCCAUGUCCUAUAGCUAAGAGCUCUAGGAAACUACAAGGAUCAUUUGCCAGAGUACCCAAUCUUAUACAGCUGUGCCAUGACAAAUUUACACAAGUCUUUGAUCUCACUGCCCUACAAACUGCUGCCAGAGAGCCCGCAGUGCCAAGCAAGUGCAGCAUGACUCAAAAUGCGUAGUUACAUGUUUAUUCAGUGUUUAUGGUAAAUGGUAAGCCUACUCACAGCAGUAUAAAUUUGUUAUUAACUUUUUAAUGUCAUUCAUUGGCGAAGUGUGUCAGCUGAUGUGCCAAGCUAAUAAAUGACCUUAAAAUGUUGAUGAAAGUUAUUUUACUAAUGUAGAGGUGGUACUUACACAUCAGUAAUAAAGUGAACGGAAUGUAGAAGUGGAAUGUAUUCAACAGAUGUGCCUGCAGCCUUAUGGCUUACUAACUAUUGUGCUAUCUGGUAGUAGUUAUGGUGCCUGGACUGGUCCUGUAAGAGACGGCUGAUACUCUAUGCCCUUUUGAUUGUUUAAAAAAAAUAUAGUAUAAGGAAUUAUAGUACUCUUGCUUCUUUGUACACUAUACUAUGGAUAGUGCGUAAUGCAAGUUUGUGUAGGUUUCUUACAAACCGCUUUUGCAGCAGGCCUGCACAUGUUAAGCCUCAAAUAGUUCUAUCCGUGAGUGAAGCGACACUGCGAGUUACUAGAACCUGUCAGGGGCUGCUAUUAAACUGCACCUGUCGUCACACAUAUGACUUGGUGUCACUUUAUCAGGAAUCGUUUCAACAAUAGAUUAAUUCAGAUGAUUAGAACACGAGUAGGCUGAGCUACUCCAUUUUUUUCUUAAUUUUCAUAAUUAUUAUAUUCACAGGAAGGUGCAAAUAAAGCUUUUUGUUUGCAAAUGAAAUGACCGUAUACCAAUCUCUUAGCAUGUGCACUCUUUCUAGAAAACGCAGUUAGCGUAUCAUUUGGGGGUGAGGAGGUCUGAUGUUUAACUACCCUUGGAUAUCAUAUUUAUAGACCAUGUAUUAAUAAAACAUUUCCUUUUAUGUAAACAGAUGUUAUAAAGUGUCAUCGUCUCUAUUUACAGAGUAACAGAUACAUUUCCAUAAUCUUUGAGUGAUAUUUAGCAUUGUUUUAUUUCUACCUUAUUUGCUCAUUUAUAUGUUCUGUAUUCAGAGGCUAGUUUUACAAUGGCCUCACUCACUGUUUGUUUUCAUUCUUAUAAUAUUUUCUUUUAAUGCUUUUCCUUUUUAAAGGUUAUGCUGUAAGUCAGGGGUUCCAAAAAGGUAAAUCCCCAGAUGUUUUAAAACAACAGCUUCUGUGAUGCUUUGUCAUUCUAAAGACAUGCAAAACAUCAUAGGACUUGUAGUUCUCCAACAUUAUUAUUAUAUUAUUUAUAUAGCGCCAACAAAUUCGGUAACGCUGUACAAUGGGUGGACUAACAGACACAUAAUUAAGAUGAGACCACUGAUGUACAGGAACAGAGGGGGUUGAGGACCCUGCUCGAUGAGCUUACAUGCCAGAGGGAGUGGGGUAUAGUGACACAAAGGGUUAAAGUAGGGGAAUUAAAUAGUUUGUUACAUCUGGGGAUCUAUCUUUCUGGCACCCCUGCUCUAAAUUAUCAACAAAAUGUCACAGCCCAAUAGUGUAUUGAUACUAUAACUAUAACGGGCUAAAUGUGCCUUGUGAUACAGAAAUUAUCGGAUUGUGAACUUGCAAUAUUAAUUUCAAGUCAAUAACUUUCAUUUUCACAGGAAGAAGAUUCAAUAGAGGAGGUGUGCCUUGAGAUUGUUACCAAAUGGUAUGAAACUCAGAAUUCUGGCCCUGCACAGCCAAAACAAGAAGGUAAGCAAGUAGCCAAACACGGGAAUGUGCUAUGCUUCACUGAACACCUGAAGCAAAGCAGGACAAUUAAAUGUCAGGAAAUAACGAUCUAAUGUAUUAUUUAUAUAAGGACAAAUUAAUUGCAAUACAGCAAGGCUGGGCAGCAACAACAUUUGCAGGCAAAAUCCUUGGAUUUUGUGUUUGCUAUGUCUCUGUUGCCAGCCAGGUCAUCCUCAGCAGAGCACGAGUUAGAUCAUUUAGUCUGCAUGCACAGUGGAAACAUAGAGAUGGUAGCAAGGUCAAGUAAGUUUGGUGUGCUAGAUUGUACAAGGAAGCUAAUAUUACUCUGCAACUUUAGGGUCUCUGGAACAGGAAUGCAGGAUUUAAAAAUGCAUAUACAAAUACAAUGAGCCAAGAAUACGCUGAAUUCCUAAAUUUAGCUCAUUGAUUAUACUUCAGUCUCGGGAAGGCUGUAAAUUAUAAAACAGACACUCGAGGAGAGUGGAGUAAGAUGAACAGAUUUCUUUAGACUAUCAAGACAGACAGCCCGAGUCAGAGCAAGUGGUCCUAUCAGGAUAGAUUUAAACUAGAAGCCCAAAUAUGGUGUAAUGAAAGUGAUAUUAAACGUUGUAGAUGAAUUCCCUCCGUAGGCUAAAGACAAAACGAAAAAAGUGAUGUUUACAUACAUGAGUACUGUCUAUGGCAGCCCAGACAUAAUAUUUUAAUCUGUGCUCAGCAUUGUAUGGGUUUUAAGUAUACGAAGUUGUGAAAUGAUGGAUUUAGGAAAGUGUCUGUUAAGAAAUAAAAUGUGUUCUUUGGAAAAAACAAAAAUGUCUGCUAGGUGUAAUCACAUUGUGCUGUGUUUUUCUACCCAGAUGAAGUACAGGCUCUUGCCAGCAUGAUUGAGAAACAAGCCCAGAUUGUAGUGAAAGCCAAGGAAGUGUCCGAGGAAGAGCAGCAAAGAAAGGCAGCCCUCCUGGCACAGUAUGCCAACAUCACAGAUGAUGAAGCAUAUCCUUUGCUUUUGAUUCAAGUUAUUUUUUAUGUAUAUGCUUUGAAGAGUUGUGUGCUCUCUUUACUUAUUUACCAGAUGGUUCAUAUAAAGGUUCAUGCAAGCUGGAAGAGUUAUACCAUGUGAGAAUUUAGGGUUGUCAAAACUGUACAUAAAGUCUUUUUUUUUUUUUUUUUUGAAUUCUUUAAACCAAAGCAGUCAGAUUGUCUGGAUUCAUACAAUUUAUUAAAAGUAUGUCUAAUCUGUGAUAUCUAUGAAGGUAAGCCAAAGGUCCAUAUUUAAAAAUAUAAAUUGUGUAGGGGAAAAGAGAAUCUUUUCUCUUUGAGCACGGGUGUAGAUAAGAUUAAUACAUGCAUACCGCCGGAUUGCUGAAAGUCUUUAGGACACAGACGGUCAGAAAUUUUGUAUUGACUAUUUGAUAGUGCUGCAAUAGAUACAUAAGGUGAGUGAAAUGUGAUUCUGGAGUUUUUCUGCCAUUUGGUCCAAUGUGGAUCUUUUAUUGAUAUGUAAAUAAAUGUAGUUUGUUUUUAAAUAGUCCUAUCAGAUCUCUUUAUAGACUUCUAUUUUCUGUUCAAGGAUGUCACCAUUUGCAGUGAUACACACUAGAGCUCUAUCUUUAUAACCAGCACAUAUAAAAAAAGUUUACACUAGAUACAAUACGUAUUUUGUUUUUAAAUGUGAAGAUGCUAAGAAUGGAAGGAAUUAAGUGCCUACAUUUAAGCAUAGUUUUUUGUACUGGGUAAGAUUUGCUGCAUAUAUUCAGUUAUUCUUUAGUACUUUUAAACACUCUACCUAAUCUUAAUCUGUGUGAUUAUUUUUGUCAAUGUUUGUGAUUUCCAUUCACUGUGUACUGUGUGGCUGUUUUUGAAAUCCUGCUUCGUCAUAAUACAUAGUUCUUUAUUAAAGUGAUUCAAACUGAAUCUAAAAUGUAAGUUCAUAAUAGCCAUGCUGGUAACAUUUUAUAGUGGGGUUUUUAUUCUAAAGUAAAAAUUUGUAAAGUGAAUACUUGUUGGUGUUAUUUGCUAAAGUGAGAUCAAAUUUAAAGGAACACUAUAGGUUCCGGAACACUGUGACUUGAAUUUGUUAAAUUCCUUAACUGGUUCCACUGAAGAGGAAGAAGCGGAUGCUCCCUGCGCUGCUGCUUUCAACCCCGAAAAAUGUAUCCUUUCUGUGACAUAAUUUAGUAAAGUAAUACCUUUCCUUUUAAACUCAACUGCUAUACUGAUAGCAGAACUUUUCGUUUUUCAGAUAAUUCCUCUUCUUAAAAGCCUGUAAUUAUUGCACACCCUAGUGGGUUAUAUCCUUGCUCAUCUGUGAAGGCAGGUCAGACUCCUGUUUUAGAUUGCAUUUAGACCCUCGCUAUCCCCAGCAGCAGCCGGUAAUUUGCACACUCUGGGGGACAGAGGGUGAAACAUUCUGAGUUAUUCAAAACAUUUUCACAAAUUAAAUUUGAAUGGAAAAAAAACAGAAGCGGUGACUAGCUGACCUGGAGAUUUGUUUCCUAAUCCGCUCUUAUCGCUCAGUUUUUCCCAUUCAGAUUUGUGUAAAUAACCCAGUCAAUGUCCAGGGCUCAAGGCAGGUUCCCCAAUCUGAAUUUUUUUUUGUCAGGAUAAGUAGAUUGGGCUACCAUUUCAGUCUCUUAAUCAAGUAGAUUUUUAUUUUUUCAAUUUCCACACCCCUGACCAGAAAUGCAGAGCUAGACUUUAGUAAUUGCUGUCCUAAGGAAACUUUUUUCAGAACCAGUUGUGAAAUGAAAAGUCACUUCCAUUUUAUAUUAAAAGGGAUUGUUUUAUUAUGCUGAAAUAAUGUGGAUAGAGAAAAACUGAGCAAAAGAAGGAGCAGAGUAUUUGCAGCUGAACGAGUCUUGGAUCAUUUGUUGUGUUGCAAGAGUCUGAACAAAUAUGGCAGUUCUGUUUAUCCACAUAAUUUAUUAAACAGGUGCCAGGUCCUACAACAUAUACAAGAUAAAUGAUCAGAACUCUGCACAUAUCUCCAUACAUGAGAUCCAGAUUAUCAGUCUGACCACAGAUUAUAAAAAUUAAAGUGUCUCUGAUGUAGGUGUUUGUAGAGACUGGAUAUUUCAUGUACAUAAGUCAAUUACAAGAAUCCAUAAGAAAGAAAUCCGAUACCACCAGUUAUUUUCAGGUAGCUUUUAUAAUUUGUUUCACAUUUUGAAUAGGAUUGGACCUUUAACUAGUUUCCAGCUCUCUUUAAAAACACCAACCUUGAAGAUGUGGUAAAUGCAAAGAAGCUUGAACGUGAUGCCUUAAAAGAUGCAUCUCAGAAAAAGAAAGACCAAGACAAGCAGCAAAGGGAGAAGGACAAGUUGGCCAAGCAGGAACGCAAAGACAAGGAGAAAAAGCGUACACAGAAAGGCGAGCGAAAACGAUAAACUCAAUGAUUGAAGACUCUGGCUCGGGCAGGGUUAUUGGGGAGGAAGACUUUUGAGAGUACAUCCCUUGCAAUUGGGGACACAGGCCUUUCUUUUCUUUGAGUAUUGAUGGGGUCCCUCAGGAACUGAUCGCCUGUCCCACAUCCACUGGAAGUGGGUUGUUCUCUACCAAGAGAACCAGGCUCACAUCCAUAGCUAGUGAAGAACUGACAUUGAAUACAGGUGUAAGAAGAUGAUGCUGCACUUGUUUGUGGUUGAGUGCAUUCGGACUUACAGAAUGUCAUAAAAGUAUCUCUUGUCCAGUGGAUUGAAUAACAAUGCAUUUGCCCUAUGGGGAUAUGCUGGACUAGUUAUGUAUUACUUUGGCUAUCAGAAGGGGUUUAACGUGUGCUAGCCUUGGCAAGAUGAUUAAAGGUGCCAACUGCUCUCCAUGAUGUGUGACCUAUUUUCCAUUCCCCUCAGCACUGAAUGAAAGAUAUUUAUACAAUUUGUAUAUUAAUGUUUCAAAUAAACACUGCCCGGCGAACUGAUUUGUGUCUGGAGACUAUUUCAUU